GGAUGGAUUCUUCAGACAUACAGCAAGCACACUUCCUUGAGAGCUCCCCUUCUUGGAGUGCACUGAGCUGAAGCCUGGCUGGAUGCCUUUGAAGAGGGCAUUUUUUGCAUUUGUUGGAAAGCCAAAGGACCAGAAACCCUGAAUCAACUGUCCUGCCUCGAGCAGAAUCUGCAGGGAGGGAUACGAUAGAUACACUGGACUACUGGAGAGGUUGGAUGACACACACUCAUGAAAAACCCUCAGAAGACUACUUGGAAAAGAUGUAUUUUCAGUGAAGCUACAAACAGGAAGCUACCACUGGCCUGCCACCCCUGGGAAACGGUAACGACGGCUGCCAUGCAGAAAUACCCCAAUCCCAUGAACCCCAGCGUGGUGGGGGUCGAUGUCCUGGACAGACACGUAGACCCUAGUGGGAAGCUGCACAGCCACAGGCUCCUCAGUACAGAAUGGGGAAUACCCUCCAUUGUGAAAUCGCUCAUUGGCACUUGCAGAACAAAGACAUAUGUUCAGGAGCACUCUGUUGUUGACCCAGUGAAAAAAACAAUGGAGCUUAAAUCCAGUAAUAUUUCAUUUACAAACCUAGUGUCAGUAGAUGAGAGGCUUGUCUAUAAACCACACCCUCACGAACCAGACAAAACCAUUUUGACACAAGAAGCAAUAAUAUCUGUCAAAGGUGUCAGUCUCAGCAGUUACCUAGAAGGGCUAAUGGCAAACACAAUUUCCUCCAAUGCUAAUAAAGGCCGUGAAGCAUUGGAAUGGGUAAUUAAUAGACUGAAUGCUGAAAUUGAAGAGUUCACAGCUUCAGCAAGAGGAACCAUGAGGAAUUCAAUGGCAGCAGCAGCGUUUGUAGAGAAAUGAUAGUAAAUAUACCUGUAUUUCUAACGAGGUUUAACAAUCUGAAGCU